AUGGAAUUCACCGAGGAAGACAUACAAGAGCUGAAGCAUCGAUUCGAAGACGCUACUGUCAAGUGUUCCGAGCGAUGCCUCUACCAAUCCGCAAAAUGGGCCGCAGAAAUGCUCGAUUCAAUCGUACCACUUGAUUCAGUCGACACCGAUUUCGAGUCACCCAUGGAGCUAGGUGACACCUCCAAUGCGCCGGCGAAUCCAUACCUUAGAAACCCCGACCCCAUGGAAGCGGCCCUAGAAGCCAAAGAAACCCACAAAUACCUUCUGGCCAAAUCCUAUUUCGAUACUCGAGAAUAUGAUCGAUGCGCCGCCGUGUUUCUGCCCCCGGCAGUGCCUCCAGUGCCCUUGUCCGCAGCCUCACCCAAUGCAAAAUCAAAGACUGUACGGAGUACCCCGCGAAAAGGCAAAGAAAGGGUGUCAUUAUCGCAACCUACGAAAAGCCAUGCCCAGCCAUCACGGAACCCUUAUCCAAACAUCAGCCAGAAGUCUUUGUUCCUCGCGCUCUACGCCAAGUAUCUUGCGGGCGAGAAGAGGAAGAAUGAGGAGACGGAGAUGGUUCUGGGUCCUUCGGAUGUUGGGACGGCUGUGAACAGGGAAUUGCCCGAUCUGGCUCGAGGUCUCGAGGGCUGGCUCGCAGAGCGCAGUGCGAAGGGAUUAGAUGAACGGGGGCAAGGCUGGUUGGAGUACCUUUACGCGGUGGUCCUUCUGAAAGGUCGCAAUGAAGAGCAAGCCAAGACUUGGCUGAUUCGAAGCGUGCAUCAAAACCCCUUCCACUGGGGAGCCUGGCAGGAAUUGAACGAUCUGCUGGGCAGCAUUGAAGACUUGAAACAAAUCAAGGACUUCUUGCCGGAGAAUAUCAUGACUCUCAUAUUCUAUGUCUACUCAAGUCAAGAACUCUAUCAAGCCACAGAUGACACAUACUCUACAUUAAGCGAUUUGCAGGCUAUAUUCCCCACAAGUGCCUUUCUGCAGACGCAGCACGCUCUUUUAUUUUACCACAAUAAAGACUUCGAGAGGGCAUCAAGAAUCUUCACCGAUAUCUUGACCACGUCACCACACCGUUUAGACAGUCUCGAUCACUAUUCAAACAUUUUGUACGUGAUGAAUGAGCGGCCUCGUCUGGCUUUUGUGGCGCAGAUAGCUUCUGCAACCGACAAAUUCCGUCCGGAGACAUGCUGUGUCGUGGGCAACUAUUACUCCUUGAAGUCUGAGCACGAAAAGGCAGUCAUGUACUUCCGUCGUGCCUUGACUCUUGACCGCAACUUCCUUUCAGCCUGGACCCUGAUGGGCCAUGAGUUCAUUGAGAUGAAAAAUACCCAUUCUGCCAUCGAGUCAUACCGACGUGCCGUUGAUGUCAAUCGCAAGGACUAUCGGGCGUGGUACGGUCUCGGUCAAGCCUACGAAGUGUUGGACAUGUCUUUCUACGCUCUGUUCUACUACCAACGUGCCGCAGCUCUUCGGCCAUAUGACCCUAAAAUGUGGCAAGCGGUAGGCUCCUGCUAUGCGAAAAUGGGCCGUCUUGAGCAAAGCAUCCAGGCUCUGAAGCGCGCGCUAGUGGCUGGUUCCUACUACGCAGAUGACCAACCCGGCAUCAGUGCUCGGAAAAUCCUCGACCCUGAAACAUUGCAUCAGAUAGCAACACUGUACGAAAGACUGGAUGACGAAGAAGAGGCAGCAGCGUACAUGGAGUUGACUCUGCAACAAGAGACGGGUGGUAUCCCAGUCGGGGAGGCGCAAGUCUCAGAUGAGGAUGAAUACUCAUCAGCCUCGGAGCAUCCCGCACACAGCGAUGAAGAAGGCGAUGACGACUACUCUGGCAAUUCCGAAAAGACAGGACGACAAGGGCGCUCUCGUCGCAGUCAUCGCAAACCUCGCCCGAGCGCAUCUUCGUUCGGCAUGCAACAAGACGACUCAUCAAUCGCAGAGCCUUGGCACCACCCAACCGCAACGACGUCAAAAGCCCGGCUCUGGUUGGCACAACAUGCCUUGCGGAAUGGUGAUUUCGAUCGUGCGGAUCAAUUAGCCAGUGAGCUCUGUCAGGACGGCAUGGAAGUCGAAGAAGCAAAGGCAUUGAUGAGGGAUAUUCGUGCCAGACGAGAUGACGUCGGCUAG